GGUCACACAUAAUAAGAAUGGUGAGGACAGAUGGUCUAUUUUAGUGAGCCACUCACAUGAGGUCCAGAAUCUAUAUAUUAACCCACUUCCCAUCCCUCCAGCCUCACAAAGACAACUAGUAAUAUUACAGUAGCUUUUUCUUCACCUGAAAGGUACGUUUCCAGUAUUAAUGUAACGCCUCAAAGGAGGAAAGUGUAAAAUCUGAUUAUGGUAAAGAUUUCAAAAAAUUUUUUUUGACAGUAUCUUGCUGUCAGUGUGAGUAGUCACCCCAACAAAGAGAUGUCAAGUUGAAGUAAUAAAUACUGUGGCUUUGAAGUUUGUACACGUGAUUUACGUGAGGCAUGUUUUAGUUUGCCAACAAUUUCUAUAGCAAAUUUUUGCUGAGCUUUAUUGCAUUUAUUUCAUGCUAAAUUUCAUGCUCAUUUUAUGAAUUGGCGAACGACCAGAGAAUUGUUAUCCGUUAUGUAUGUUACCUAUAUUAUUUUUGUGAGAUAUUACAGAAGAUAGCUAACCAGUUUAGCUAUUAGAUCUCUGAACUCUAUCUCUAUUUGUGCGUACAGUUCAUGCAGUCUAAAAUCUUCAAUACUAAAAAGGAGAUCUCUUGGGAGAAGACCUUCCUAAAUGAAGUUAUAUAUCUUAUAUCUGCAUUAAAGCAUUACUUGAUAAUGCCCCAAAUACUAAACACUAGUCAGAUAUGUUUCUAAAUACUAAAUUUAAAAAAAGAGUGAAUUAAAUAAAGACUAAAUACUAGUCCGACAGAUUUAUUGUGUGUUAACGGUACUGACUUUCAACCAUUCUUUUAUUACUCCAAGGUCAUGUAGUGUAGUCGUAUCUUGUACGUUUUUAUCACAGUUAUUUGCAGUAGUUCUCAAGAAACAAGAUUGUUUUUAUUUGAUAAUCUGCUAGAAUAGAUUGGAAUAUCAUAAAAAUGAACAAAAUGUAUUGUUUUAUGUAUGUUUUAUCUAAAAUAGUUUAGCUAUAUUUCUGCAUGCUGAAAACGGUCCAUAAUAUAAUAACAUGUCUGUAAUAUGAUGAUGUAGUUUCGAAAACAUAUUUCAGUCUGUUGUAACUGUUUUACUUUUUUACAUUGUGAAAUAUGUAGGAGACACACAGAACCGCGACCAUGUCAGAAGCGUGAGUACCAACAGCUCAUAUUGCAUUACAUUGCUGUCAACAUGUACUGUGCCCAUGGAAAGUCUACACCCCCUUGAACCUUUUUCACAUUUUGUUGCGUUACAAAGUGGGAUUGAAAUAGAUUUAAUUGUAUUUUUUUUGUCAUUGAUCUACACAAAAUACUCCAUAAUGUCAAAGUGAAAAGAAAAUUAUAAUUAUUUUUUACAAAGUAAAAUAAUAUAUAUAUAUAUAUAUAUAUAUAUAUAUAUAUAUAUAUAUAGUUGUUGCAUAAGUAUUCACCCCCUUAGUAUAGGCAAGCCUAAAUUAGUUCAGAAGUCAAAUCUGGCUUAACAAAUCACAUAAUAAGUUAUAUGGACUUACUCUGUGUGAAAUAAUAUGGGUUGAGAUGAUUUUUUAAUGACUACCCCUUACUCUGUCCCCCAUACAUACAGUACAACAUCUGUGAACUAUUGAAUUUCAAGCACAGAUUCAAAUACAAAGACCAGGGAGCUUUUCGAAAACCCCAUAAAGAAGGGCAGUGAUUGGUAGAUGGGUAACAAUAACAAAUCAGACAUUGAGUAUCUCUUUAAGCAUGGUCAAAGAUGCGUUCGUCCUUCUGAACUGAGCUGCAGGACAGGAAUGAAACUGCUUCGGGAUGUCACCAUGAGGCCAUUGGUCAUUUUAAAACAGCUACAGAGUUCAAUGGCUGUAAUGGGAGAAAACUGAGGAUAGAGCAACAACAUUGUAGUGACUCCACAAUAAUGACCUAAAUGACAGAGUGAAAAGAAGAAUCGAAAAUAUACAGAAUACAAGUAUUCCAAAACAGUGCAUUAGGAAAGUGUUCAGACCCCUUGACUUUUUCCAUAUUUUGUUAAGUUACAGCCUUAUUCUAAAAUGGAUUUAAAAAACUAAAUUCUCAUCAAAACAGGUUUUUAGACAUUUCAGAAAAUAUGUAUAUAUAAAAGAAAACUGAAAUAUUACAUUUACAUAAGUACUUUGUUGAAGCACCUUUGGCAGUGAUUACAGCCUUGAUUCUUCUUGGGUCUGACGCUUCAAGCUUGACACACCUGUAUUUGGGGAGUUUCUCCCAUUCUUCUCUGCAGAUCCUCUCAAGCUCUGUCAGGUUGGAUGGGGAGUGUCGUUGCACAGCUAUUUUCAGGUCUCUUCAGAGAUGUUCGAUCGGGUUCAAGUCCGGGCUCUGGCUGGGCCACACAAGGACAUUCAGAGUCUUGUCCCGAAGCCACUCCUGCGUUGUCUUGGCUGUGUGCUUAGGGUCGUUUUCUUGCUGGAAGGUGAACCUUCACCCCAGUCUGUGGUCCUGAGCGCUCUGGAGCAGGUUUUCAUCAAGGAUCUCUCUGUACUUUGGUCCGUUCAUCUUUCCCUCGAUCCUGACUAGUCUCCCUGCCGCUGAAAAAUAUCCCCACAGCAUGAUGCUGCCACCACCAUGCUUCACCAUAGGGAUGGUGGCAGGUUUCCUCCAGACGUGACACUUGGUAUUCAGGCCAAAGAGUUCAAUCUUGAUUUCAUCAGACUAGAGAAUCUUGUUUCUCAUGGUCUGAGUCCUUUAGGUGCCUUUUGGCAAACUCCAAGCGGGCUGUCAUGUGCCUUUUACUGAGGAGUGGCUUCCGUCUGGCCACUCUACCAUAAAGGCCUGAUUGGUGGAGUGCUGCAGAGAUGGUUGUCCUUCUGGAAGUUUCUCCCAUCUCCACCGAGGAACUCUGGAGCUCUGUCAGAGUGACAAUUGGAUUCUUGGUCACCUCCCUGACCAAGGCCCUUCUUCCACGGUUGCUCAGUGUGGCCGGGCGGCCAGCUCUAGGAAGAGUCUUGGUGGUUCCAAACUUCUUCCAUUUAAGAAUGAUGGAGGCCACUGUGUUCUUGGGGACCUUCAAUGCUGCAGAACGUUUUAUUACCCUUCCCCAGAUCCUGUCUCGGAGCUCUACGGACAAUUCCUUCGACCUCAUGGCUUGGUUUUUGCUCUGACAUGCACUGUCAACUGUGGGACCUUAUAUAGACAGGUGUGACCCUUUCCAAAUCAUGUCCAAUCAAUUGAAUUUACCACAGGUGGACUCCAUUCAAGUUGUAGAAACAUCUCAAGGUGGAUCAAUGGAAACAGGAUGCACCUGAGCUCAAUUUUGAGUCUCAUAGCAAAGGGUCUGAAUACUUAUGUAAAUAAUGUAUUUCUGUCUUUAAGUUGCAAACAUUUCUAAAUAUCUGUUUUUGCUUCAUCCUUAUGGGGUAUUGUGCGUAGAUAGAAUAAGGCUGUAAUGUAACAAAAUAUGGAAAAAGGGAAGGGGUCUGAAUACUUUUCAAAUGCACUGUAUGUAUGCAAUAAGGCACUAAAGUAAUACUGCAAAAAAACACGGCAAAGGAAUACACUUUUUGGCCUAAAUGCAAAGCCUUAUGUUUGGGGCAAAUUCAACACAACACAUUACUGAAUAACUGCCUCCUUAUUUUCAAGCAUGGUGGUGGCUGCAUCAUGGUAUGGGUGUGCUUGACACUGGAAAAUACUGGGGAUGAAAAGAAAUUGGAUGGAUAACAGGCAAAAUCCUAGAGGAAAAUCUGCUUCAGUAUGCUUUACACCAGACACUGGGAGAGGAAUUCACCUUUCCGCAGGACAAUAACCUACAACAGAAAGCCAAAUAUACACUGGAGUUGCUUACCAAGAAGACAGUGAAUUGACUUGAGAAGCCCAGUUUUGACUUAAAUCUGCUUGAAAAUCUAUGGCAAGACUUGAAAAUUGCUGUCUAGCCAUAAUCCCAACACCUUGACAGAGCUUGAAAAAUUCUGAAAACAAUAAUGGGCAAAUAUUGCACAAUAUAGGUUUGCAAAGCUCUUAUGAGACAUACCCAAGAAGACUCAUAGCUGUAAUCACUACCAAAGGUGUUUCUAACAUGCAUUGACUCAGGGGGGUGAAUACUUAUCUAAUCAAGGUGUUUUAUUUUUCAUUAGUCUUUCAAAAAUGUUAGAAUUUUUCUUCCACUUUGACAUUACAGAGUAUUUUGUGUAGAUCGUUUACAAAACAAAUGACAAUUAAAUCCCUUUUAAUCCCACUUUUUAACACAAUAAAAUCUGAAAAACAUCCAAGGCGGGUGCAGACUUUUUAUGGGUCCUGUAGUAAACAAUAUGCAAAGAACACAAAUGUGACAAUCUUCUUAUUUUGGGUUUUUGUUUCUUUCUCUCCAAUUGGCUGAUGUUGGUCCAGGCCGGUAAGUGAAUUUUCAUAUUCAAACCAGAACAAAUGUGCAGAAAUGAACACUGCCCGUACACUAUGAUCAUUAUGACAGGCAUUAUCAACAUUUACAUUUUAGUAAUUUAGCAGACACUCUUAUCUGAGGCUUCUUCUUACAGGCUAUGGUGUGAGAAAACUGUGCAGACACUAUGAUCUGAGCUAUCUGAUUGGCCAGCGGUAGGCCUGUAAGUGCACUUGAUUUGCUCUCUGGGCCUGCCGAUUAGGCGGACUUCUAGCUUCAGACACAUGAAAUGGUUCCAAAUGGGAACACUUCGCCUUCCCAGUGCUAGGGCUGCUGAAUCAUGUGCACCAACCGCCAACAGCGCAAAACAAAUAAAAAAAUAGGAACGCAAGGCUUUAUCGUUGAGUUUUUUACAGAAAUGUUUGGUGAUCGACUAGGAAUGCCUUGGAGAUCGACCAGUCGGUCACCACUGUUGUAGAGCAUGAACCUGCAGGAGCGAGUCACUGCUUUGACGUUUGCAGAGAAUGACAGGGUGUUGUCCAGGGUCACGCCAAGGUUCUUUACACUCUGGGAGGGGGACACCGUGGAGUUGUCAACCGUGAUGGAGAGGUAUUGGAGCGGGCAGGCCUUCCCGGGGAGGAAGAGCAGCUCUGUUUUGUCUAUGGUUGAGCUUGAGGUGGUGGGCAGACAUCCAAGCUGAGAUGUCUGUCAGAAGGGGGGAAGGAGAAAGGUAGUUGAGUGUCAUCCACAUAGCAAUGAUAGGAGAGACCACGUGAGGAUACGACUUGAUGUUAAGAGAAAAGAGGAGAGGGCCUAUAACUGAGCCCUGGGGGACACCAGUAACAUGGUGCAGACGCAUAUCCUCUCCACGUCACCUGGUAGGAGUGACAUGCCAGGUAGGAUGCAAUCCAGGAGUGUGUAGAACCUGAGACGCCCAACCCUGAGAGGGUGGAGAGGAGGAUCUGAUGGUUCACGGUGUCAAAGGCAGUGGAUAGAUCUAGGAGGAGGAGAACAGGAGUAACGAGGAGAGAGAGUCAGCUUUGGCAGUGCGGAGAGCCUCUGUGACACAAAGGAGAGCGUUCUCAGUUGAGUGAGCCGCCUUGAAGCCUGACUGGUUAGGGUCAAGAGGAUCGUUCAGAGAGAGGUAACGAGAGAGUUGUUCAGAUACAGCAGGCUCAAGUGUUUUGGAAAUAAAAGAAAGAAGGGAUACCGGUCUGUCAUGUCAAUCACAAUAAUUUAUGCCUAGAAGGAGCAGUUGCAACAUAGCGUGAAAUUCAGGAUAUUUUAUGUUCUGGAUUUCUGGACUUUUGAUCAAAUCAAUCAAAUGUAUUUUAUAAAGCCAUUGUUACAUCAGCUAAUUUGAGGCAGCAACAGUACAAAUACAAACAUUUCAAGUGUACUGUCCAUAAAAGCCAAUUAAUAAUUUAACAUGAAAAUAUUGAUCAUGUAUAUUAUCGUUUACUCUGUGUUUAGCAAUGAGCUUAAGAUAUCUUCUCUGUCCUCAUUUCAGCCAAAACCAAAGUCAAAGAUCUCUGCAUCUCGCAGACUCUUCUUGAAGGUAGCUUUUGUGUCUUACUUCACUGUUAUUGGCACAGUCACAACUAAACAACACUUCUCCAUAAUGUGUGUGAGUUGUGAUUUGUGGAUAACGCAUACAUAGAUACACUACUGGUCAAAAGUUUUAGAACACCUACUUUAUUUUUUACUAUUUUCUACAUUGUAGAAUAAUAAUGAAGACAUCAAAACUAUGAAAUAACACAUAUGGAAUCAUGUAGUAACCAAAAAAGUGUUAAACAAAUCUAAAUAUAUUUUAUAUUUGAGAUUCUUCUAAUAGCCACCCUUUGCCUUGAUGACAGCUUUGCACACUCUUGGCAUUCUCUCAACCAGCUUUACCUGGAAUGCUUUUCCAACAUUCUUGAAGGAGUUCCCACAUCUGCUGAGCACUUGCUGACUGCUUUUCCUUCACUCUGCGGUCCGACUCAUCCCAAACCAUCUCAAUUUGGUUGAGGUUGGGGGAUUGUGGAGGCCAGGUCAUCUGAUGCAGUACUCCAUCACUCUCCUUCUUGGUAAAAUAGCCCUUACACAGCCUGGAGGUGUGUUGGGUCUUUGUCGUGUUGAAAAACAAAUGAUAGGCCCACUAAGCCCAAACCAGAUGGGAUGGCGUAUUGCUGCAGAAUGCUGUGGUAGCCAUGCUGGUUAAGUGUGCCUUGAAUUCUAAAUAAAUGACAGACAGUGUCACCAGCAAAGCACCCCCACACCAUAACACCUCCUCCUCCAUGCUUUACAGUGGGAAAUACACAUGUGGAGAUAAUCCGUUCACCCACACUGCAUCUCACAAAGACACGGCGGUUGGAACCAAAAAUCUCCAAUUUGGACUCCAGACCAAAGGACACAUUUCCACCUGUCAAAUGUCCAUUGCUCGUGUUUCUUGGCCCAAGCAAGUCUCUUCUUAUUAUUGGUGUCCUUAAUUAGUGGUUUCUUUGCAGCAAUUCGACCAUGAUGGCCUGAUUCACACAGUCUCCUCUGAAUUAUGUAGAAAAUAGUAAAAAUAAAGAAAAACCCUUGAAUGAGUAGGUGUUCUAAAACCUUUGACCUGUAGUGUAUAUAAAACAUAAUAGCAGUUACACUACUAUUACACUGCUAAACAUAAUAGUAUAAGGGUGUUCUACAUGUAAUUAUAUGGUGUUGUAUCCCAGACCAAACUGGUGAAGAAGGCAAUGGCUAUGUUGGUGGCUGAAAAGGAGCAGAAGGUGAUUGACAGAGAAACCACACUGAGUGAACGAGUCCCAGCACUCAAGAUAUCUGGGCUGUCUGUGCAGGACCUGCAGGUACUAUUAAUAUUAGUUAGAUACAUGACUAUGAGUAUAUUCAUGUAUAUUCAGGUACAGUACUGUGAGUAUAGUCAUGUAUAUUCAGGUACAGUACUAUGAGUAUAUUCAUGUAUAUUCAGGUACAGUACUAUGAGUAUAGUCAUGUAUAUUCAGGUACAGUACUAUGAGUAUAUUCAUGUAUAUUCAGGUACAGUACUAUGAGUAUAUUCAUGUAUAUUCAGGUACAGUACUAUGAGUAUAGUCAUGUAUAUUCAGGUACAGUACUAUGAGUAUAUUCAUGUAUAUUCAGGUACAGUACUAUGAGUAUAGUCAUGUAUAUUCAGGUACAGUACUAUGAGUAUAUUCAUGUAUAUUCAGGUACAGUACUAUGAGUAUAUUCAUGUAUAUUCAGGUACAGUACUAUGAGUAUAUUCAUGUAUAUUCAGGUACAGUACUAUGAGUAUAUUCAUGUAUAUUCAGGUACAGUACUGUGAGUAUAGUCAUGUAUAUUCAGGUACAGUACUAUGAGUAUAUUCAUGUAUAUUCAGGUACAGUACUAUGAGUAUAGUCAUGUAUAUUCAGGUACAGUACUAUGAGUAUAGUCAUGUAUAUUCAGGUACAGUACUAUGAGUAUAGUCAUGUAUAUUCAGGUACAGUACUAUGAGUAUAGUCAUGUAUAUUCAGGUACAGUACUAUGAGUAUAGUCAUGUAUAUUCAGGUACAGUACUAUGAGUAUAGUCAUGUAUAUUCAGGUACAGUACUAUGAGUAUAGUCAUGUAUAUUCAGGUACAGUACUAUGAGUAUAUUCAUGUAUAUUCAGGUACAGUACUAUGAGUAUAGUCAUGUAUAUUCAGGUACAGUACUAUGAGUAUAUUCAUGUAUAUUCAGGUACAGUACUAUGAGUAUAUUAAUGUAUAUUCAGGUACAGUACUAUGAGUAUGAGUAUAUUUAGGUAUGUUCAGGUAUAUUUAGGUAAAGGUGUCGGAUCUUAAUUUGACCAGUUUCAUCGCAGGAGUAAAAGAAUCCUGCAGCAGCAAGUUUUGAUUAUUCUCAAAAAAAGUAAUAAUUUCGAACAGGAAAUUAGUUUUGAUAGGACCUACAGUAGUAGGACAUUUAUUUGGUCUGGUGCUUUAGCGUUUGAGCGAGCAAGAGAGAAGGAGAACUGCACAUUUUCAGUGAAUUUAUGUAAAUCAUGUGGCUCAGUAAAAUUCUCUGCGUCAACAGAGUGAUCAGAAUUACCAAAUAUGUAGGUUGCUAUGAGUAUGAAUACAGUAUAGUUAGUUAUAUUCAGGAAAAGUACUAUGAAUAUGAGUUUAUUAGUAUAUUUAGGUAUAUUCAGGUACAUUAGUCUGAGUUAAGUACAUUCUGUAUAUUCUGAAAUAUUCAGAUACUAUGGGUAUGAGUACGGUAUAUUCAGAUAUGAAUCUGCUUUCUCUUCACAGAAUCUUUGUAAAGAACUGCACCAGAAAAUUGAUGUUGUUGAUGAAGAGCGGUACGACAUCGCGAUGAAAGUUUCCAAAAGUGACGCAGAGGUACCCGAUCCGCAGAUUCUCAAAUUCAAAUAUUACAAACAGUUAAUUUCACAGUAUGAUCUUUAAAUGCACACUCUAUCCAAGUAUGGGAUAUUUUAUUAAGAAUAAUAGUAUAUAAUAAACCUUUGUUCAGGUCGAUAUUGUAAAAUAAUGUGUUACCAUAAACGCAACAUAUGCAUUUAUUUUUUACAAUAACAUUUCAAUCAAAUCAAUGUACAGACAGCAAAGUUUGAAAUAUGUUCUACCCUCUUGUGGCUUUGUGUCAGUGACUCUUUUCACAGAGUGACAUUUUAAUCGCAGAGUGAAUAUUUGUGUUUGUAUGUGGGACUUUUAUUUAGAAAUCGAGACUUUUAUUUUUUGACACCUUGCUAUGUGGGCGAUAUAGAUUGAAAAUCUGACCAUGAAGAUCAUUGAGCUGAAGGGCAAGAAGCGACCUCAGCUGAAGAGGGUGAGAGUAUCAGCUGAAGCCAUGAUGGGGGCUCUGCUGGGAGCCAAGAUCAAAGAGUCGGUCGACUUCAAGGCCAACCUCAAGACUGUCAAGAAGGAGGAGGAGAAGGUAAGGGAGACAUUCACUGCACAGUACAGCCUGUCCCAAUACUUUCUUUCUUUGCUUAUUUUUUUGUAAUGUGCACUUGCAAUAUAACUGGGUGUGCAGUACUUCUGAACUGGUUUCACUGUGUUGUCAUCCCCCACAGAAAGAGGAAGUGACUGACUGGCGUAAGAAUGUGGAUGCCAUGUCUGGCAUGGAGGGUAGAAAGAAGAUGUUUGCCGCUUCCUAAAUAGUCAUGGGUAGAAUGAUGAAAUCAUAUGACUUCUCAGUGUUUAACUUACAUUAUGACAGUCAAGGAACAAAGGUAGUUUGCAUAGUUUUAAUGUAGCUACGGAGUCUCUUGCAUUGUUAUUUGUUUUGUGUGUGUAUGCAAAUCCCAUUUAUAUCAUAUGAUAAUUAUAGUCACUCAAUGGAAAAUGAUGUAUUAUGUGUAUGUAAUAUGUUAUGGAAUGUUUCCAUAACAUAUUUAACAUUCCAUAACAUAUUACAUAAAAAUAAUACAUUAUUUUCCACAUAUUAUGGUAUGUAUAAAUAAAAUGUUGGAUGUUAGAAGUUAUCCAAAUAUGAUUUUGUUACUGACAAUAAAGCACUUGUGUUAUCAUUGUCACUUGUAUGGUC